AUACAAUCCUUGUGAAAAGGAGACCCUAAUUUAGUGAUAGAGAAACCUUAGUUUCUUGGAAGAUGGCUGAUGGUGAGCAAAACCCCCCCGCAAAUAUGGCCCCAAAGCCGAUAACUGUUAUGGAUGGGAGUGAAGUGUAUUUUAGAAUCAAACCUCAGACGCAAUUUCAUAAAUUGAUGAAUCAAUACUGUCUGAAAACUUCGUUGGAUGUCAACUCUGUGACAUUUUUGUUUGACGGCCGUCGCCUCCGACCGGAAGAAACGCCAGAAAAGGUGGCAAUGGAAGAUGGAGAUGAAAUCGACUGCUUGUUGCACCAAGUUGGAGGUGGCGGAGAGGAUUUCUAAUGGAUUAUCAGAGUUUGAAUUGCUUCAUUAGGCUCUAGGGUUUUGAAGCACAAUAAUGGCUAGAUGAUGAUAGCCUUACUGCAAUGUGUAAUAAAAGCAAACCCAAUACCUUCCUUUUGGCCUUUUUCUGGUCUAAACUGUUUUUAGUAAUUUAAUCGUUUUUCUGGAAUUAAUGAUUGGGAAUAUCAUCCUUUUAAUACAUUCUUUUGAAAAUAAUCAAUCAGUUAUAAUUUC